ACAUAAACAACCCUCCGAUUUGCCGCCGUAACGCUCAAGAGAAUUGAAAAGUUUAUUAGUAUCACGCGGAAACCAUGGAGAAUGAGUUCGUUGAAGACGAUGCUAAUCCAAAUAAUCCCAGCAGAGUUCGAAUAUCUAUAACAAGAGCUUCUUUUUCGGAGGACGAUAGUGACAUCGAAUCGCCAGAAGAAUCUACGAGACCGCGUGCUGAUUCAGACAGCAGUAUCAACGAGCAAGAAAUGGAGAGAAUGAUGAAGGAGGAAGAACAAAAUGAAAAUGAACAGUUAAAUAAAGGCGAGAAACUAGAGGAACAUAACGACGCGACUUCCAACAAUAAUGUUGACCAAGAUUGGAAUACAACGGAGGACGAACAAGUUAGCAAAGCUUUCGAAAAUGGCGUGACCUUACAAGACGAAGCCGAUGAAGCGUCAAGUGAAAGAAGCGAAUCGGUAGGAAAAGUUAAUGAUGAGCCAAAUGAAUCCGCACAAAUAAGUAAUAAAGAAGACUCUUCGGUAUCGUCGCCUGCCAAAAGUCCUACAAUGGAAAUGAUCGGUGAUCGGGUUCUCAUAGAACGUGACGGCAAAUUCGAACUUGUAGAUGUGAGCGAGAUCAAAGCGGAAUAUUACGAACUGUUGGGAAUUACACCUGAAGCCAAUGGCGUAAACAACGGAAGCGAAGGAAAAAGUAGCGAAGCGACUGAAAAUGAUGGUGAAGAAAUCCCUGAGGAAAAACCUGCGUCACGGCCCAGACCAAAAACUACUUCGGUUCAAGAACAGCACCGUAGAAACGAAAAGAAAAGAAAUACUAGGAGUGUUGAUAGAACUCGAAGUCAGAGCGCGAAGGCGAUUCGACAGAGAAAUGAUGAUUAUGCUCAUAUUAGAUCGGAAUACGCAAUGACUGAACAGCAGCUUGAGAUAAGAAGGAAAUGUAGAGAAGCCAAAUUAAGGAGGCAAAAGGAAGAAGAGGAGAGAGAGCGGGAGGAACAGCAGAGAAAAAAAGAAGAUGCUGAAAGAGCUUUCCAAGUUUGGUUAUAUAAUAAAAUAGAAGCUGCAAAGCAGGCAAGAUUGAAUCAACCAGACCCAGAGGAUGCACUAAGAGCCAGAGAGGAAAAAGAGAGUAAUGCCCAGUCAGCAUACAGUGAGUGGCUAAGUGUGAAGCGGCAACAAGACAAGACACUGAGACAACUGGAGGAAAGACGAAGAGAGGAGGAAGCCUCCCAGUACACAAUAAGAGAUCGGCAACUUUGCGAUGAGGCAUUUAGAAGGUGGCUCAGAAGAAAGAAAAAAGAGGAAGAAUUAAAGAAAGCUGCUGCUGCAAAAAAGAAGAGAAAGAAACCGAAGUUGAAAAGAAAGGAACAAGUCCCACUGAACUCACAUAAGAUCAGGUAUUAUGAAUAUUAUGGUUACAGGAACACUGUGUCACCAUAACAAAGUGUAAAAUGGAAAUCUUCCCCAAAAAAGGUUAUCCUGUGUCAAGUCUUCCUGCCAGAAGAAAAUCAAUCUUCAUGAUUGAGAGGAGACAACUCUUGGCUUCACAAAGUAAUGUUAGUAAAGGAGUGAACUGUCACAGUGCUGGUGGUCAGAUAUCAGUUUAAACUCAGUGGAGAAAACCAUCAAAAUUACUCUGACAUCAUUAAAUAAGAAAUUCAAAACUAAAGAUAAAGAAAAACACUGAUAGAUAGGGAGAGAUAAACAAAAAAAAUAACUAACAUGUCAUAUGUAACUGUCGAAUAGGUUUUUUAAAAGGCUUUUUAGUUUAUUUGUUCUGUGAUGUAGAAUAUGUAUCUUGUAUACAGCUGCGAUAAGUAAUAGAUGAGUAUCAUUAGAAAAUGUAUGUUGCUGCUCAUUCUAUAAUGACUAUGGGUAAUUUUGCAUAAUGUUUCUUUUGCAUGGAAAUUAUUGCAGUGGUAGCAGUACUGAUGUAGUAUAAUGUAUUACAUGGCUGUCAUGAUAAGCUUGGACAGUUUAACUCAGUUUAUGACUGUAACAACUUGGAGUUUUGGUUCAGUGUAGUGUUCCCUCCAACUGCAGGAGACUUUUUGUUGUAGUUGUUGUUUUUUAUUAUUAUAAUAGUCUUUUGUUCUGUUUUGGUUUUUUUCUUUCUGUUUGCCUUUAGAAGGGGUUAUGGUUUUUUUUUUUUAGACCAUAGAAAAUUACUCUCACCAAGUCCAAAGCAAACAUUUAGAUAUUUCUACCAUCUAACUAAUUUAAAUAAAAAAAAUUU